GGGGCUAAAGAUGCCUAUUUUUGGCCUGGACAGACAAAAUUUAAAGUAGAAUUAAACAAAAGAGAAACAAUUCAAAACAAAAAUAACAAUAACAACCCCGACCAAUGAGAGCAAAUGUAUUUCAAAGACUGUUAGCAGUAAACACAGAAAUAAUAGUAGUUAUAUUAGAAUUAAACACCAUCAAGACUGAACAAAAGCAUAAAUUAAGAGACAAAUUAAAGACUAACUAAAGUAGAUGAAUUCACAGAUUAUAAAAUGUGAUAUGGCCGAACGUUUUUGUUUUCAGGUCUGACUUAUAUCCAGACGAGAGGAGGAGGAGAAGCAGGCGGACACGAGUGUAUCUGUAUCCUUCAGCUGACGGAAGCCGGAGAUAUUUUCUACCAGAUCCUCGAGCCGGAUCAGCCGGACGCCUCCGGACCUCCGGCUGCAGACGACGAACUUCCAACAAAACGGACUUCUGAAGAAGCCUCGACUUCGGGGAGAAAAACAGCCAAACAGCUGCGUUCUCAGAUGGUCGUCUCGGACACGUCGAGCGACGAGGACGUCAUCGGGCCGACUCAGGCUCCGACCACGCAGAGGUUUGUGGCUGAAACACCGGAGAGGGAACAAAGAGCGCGGAGCACCGACUCCGACUCUUCCAAGGAUUCAGAGUCCGGAGGGAGAGCUCGGCACCUGAAGCAGGCCGGGCUGCAGGUGGUCGUCAACGAUGAGCUCGAGCCGGAGGGAGAGGGCGGACAGGCCGAAGCUGUGAACGAUGCAGAGUUAAAUAAUCCUGAGGAAAACGUCAGCUCAGGUCCCGCCGAGGCUCCGGUGAAGCUCAGCGACGGCGCUCUCGUCACGUGGAAACACUGGCUCCAGAAACUGAUGCGAAAGAGUCGAGGAAAAAAGCCCCGCCCACAGCGCCAGCGGCACCUCACGGUUGACAGCAGACACCUCGUCCGCCUGUGUGACGACAGAGCGAGAGAUUCGGAGGAGGAGCGCGUGCAGAGCCUGAGGCGCGAUCUGAGGGCGUGCAUGACCGAGCGCUCGAUGCUGGUCCACAGCACCGCCUCCGCGUCCCUCGGGGCUCAGGAUGUGGUCGCGGUGCCGGACAGGGUGGACACAGACGUCUGGACGGAUCAGAUCAGCAACCGCCUGACAGUCUCCUGGCAGGGGGAGGAGGCGUGGCGGGCGUGGUGGGUGGACCAUCUGGGGCUCAACACGGAGCAGAAGGUGGAGGCUCUGAGGAGGAAGAGGAGGAGGGAGAAGGAGGCGAAGAGAGCCUCCGGCCGCCGCCUGGAGCUGUCCGGGAGCUUCGUCUCGUCCGUCAGCUACCAGUCAGACCUGAACGAUGUCUCCGAUCUGUCGGGCUGGUCGUCUGCGGUGAGUCAGGGGGCGGUGUCAGACGCAGAAGACAAACUGUCCCGGCUGGACGGCUUUUCAGAGAGCGAGACACCAGGAGCCACGGCCCCGUCCACUCCGCUUCCCACGCCGACGCCGACACCGACACCUCAGAGCGUGAAAAGUAAACAAAAUGACCAGCAGACGCCCAGCAGCUCCCGCGCCCUCGUCCUGUCCCAGACGCCAAAACCUGACCCCCCACCGGGCAAUCAGAGGAGCAAGCGUCCAGCCGAGGACUACCUCAGCUUCCUGUUUGCAUCUCAGGAUGAACCCUCACAGCAUGACGGUUAUUUCCUCGAGGAGGGGAGCGGCAUGCCACCUCGACCUGCGGCGUCCCCUCAACUCCGCAGCUCCCAGUCCGUCUCUCAGAGGAGCCUCAGGGUGGAUCUGUCCCAGGACGCCUCCGUCUGGUCGGGUUUCUCUCAGUCCCUCUCCCAGAGUUCACAGGGUCGAUGGGGACUAUCGCAGGCGUCGCAGUCGUCGCAGGCGUCGCAGCCAAAGAAGAAGAAGUCUCGAAUGGGAUUUUGAUUCAUUCAGUCCAUCAAACAGAGCAAUUUUUUCGGAAUACCGGACGUGUUUGUAAUAACUCCGGAAAACAACAAACAAGGAGCAAAUUUAGAGGAGUAUUUUUCAGAUUUUUGACGUCCUCUGCUGCCUCAGGAUUUGUAAAAUGGAUUUAUAAAUCUGGGAUUUUGCGAAAAAUGAACAUGGAAACUGGAUUCAAUGAAGAAGGAUAAACUGAGUGCAUACCGGAAGAGGAUCCAUCGCACUGAAGACGUCAGACUGACGGAGGAGGAUCGACUGCAGGUUGGUUUGUUAGGACUGAAUUUGUUUGUUUCGUCAUUGUCCCUUUAGUUUACUGAGGCGACAU